AGGUAAUAACUAAUAACCGUGCCAAUGCUGAAAAACUUAAACAAUAGAUUGAUUCACAAAAAACCAAUACAAUGAUUGAUAAAAAUGAACAGAACCGUGGUUCUAGUUUAAAUUCUGGUAAAAGUUUUGUAGAAAGAAGAAAAUAUUUAUCGAAUUGUAGUAAUGAUGGUGAAGAUGAUUACUGUGAAAUAAAUUAUGAAAAUAAUAAUAGUGAAAAUGAACAUCAGAUUAAUAAUACAGACGAUAAAUCAGAUAAUAGUGUUAUCAAAUAUGAUCAGACUCUUGACAGUGAAAACGCAACCAUAAAUAGUGACGAUUUGUUUGAUCCAGAAAACAGUUAUAAUGGUACCAAAGAAAUAAAUAGCAAUGACAGUGAAGAACAAAUGGGAGCCGAUGAUACAGUCAAUGAACAAAAAACAAAAGAUGAUGAACAAAUGUAUGAUAAAGAUGAAAAAGACGAUGAAGAAGAUGAAAUAAUUGACCAAAAAAAUGCUGAAAGUAGGUCAAAUGAGAUAAAAAAAUCAUUAGAAGAUUCUAUAGUUAAUCUUGAUAAAUCUGUGGCUAUUGUUAAAGUUCCAGAUCCAAUACAAAAUUCUGGUAGUAGUGGUAAAAAAAAAAUGAAAAGUUUACCUGUCAUAACCUUAACUCCACGUAGAAGUACACGGAAUAUAAACAAACUCAAAAGUUUUAGUGGUAAAGACAAAAAGAAGAAAAAUAGUGUAAUAGUAGAUGACAACACUAACAUUUUACCUCAGAAAUCACCAAUGAUAACCAAACCAAUUAUUGUUAAUGACACAAAAAAAUUUGUAAAAAUUGAUCAUAAAACAAAACAAAAAAGUAAUAAAAAAAAAUCUAACUUAGUUACCAUUGAUACAAACAUGUUAAUAGGACAAAGUAACUUACCUAUUGCGGUAUCUAUGCAAUCAAACACCUCAAGUAAUGCAACAAAUGUCACUCGAACCGUUUGUAAAUCGAUUCAAAAUUCCUAUAAUCGAGUACAACACUUGCAAACUACUAUCAACCCUUUCAUUUUAACUACUAUACCAACUCUUGUUACAGUACCUACAAAUGUCCCAAAACUUCCAAUUAUAUUUCCAACUUUAACUGAUGAUAUGUUUGUUGUUGAAGCUCCAUCUUUUAUUGUGCCUUAUGUCUAUGAAAAGCCAUCCAAUAAACCAUUUAAAGAACUCAUUGAAAACUUUAUAAAAAUUAAAGUUGCUAAAGGAGAUGAAGACAAAAAUCAAUGCGAAAAAUCUUCAGAUAAGAAAAGCGAAAAUAAUCAAAAAGAAAAGAAUAGUAAAAAAUCGGAAACUAAUGAAAAGACAGAUGUCAAUGAGUCAGAAAAUGAGGUAUCUGGUAAUAAUAAAAUUGGUGAUGAUAAAAUGUUUAAUGUAUCAGAAAGUACUAAAAAGGAUGAUUCAAUAUCCAAAAAUUUGUCUGAAUCAACAGAAUUUAAAAAAAGCAAUAGUAUUAUUUAUCUCACUGUUGAAACUGAUGAAAAGAAAAUUGCUGUUGUUAAACCAAAGAUUCAAAGUCCCGACUACUUUGAAAAUCCAUUGGGUAAAUUUUUCAUGCAAAUAGGUAUAAACCUUGUUCAGGAGCAUGUUCAACUUGAUCUAUUACGUACACAGAGAAGAAAAAGAGAUCGCGAAGGUGAUAAAUGUCCCGAAGAAAUUCACAUGGCUAUUAGUUCUUUAAUUAAAACUUUAGAGCUUAGUAAAGCGAAUAAUGAUCCAUUCCAAUUUGGUUUAAAAAAAUGUGAAUUGUGUAAUUUUAAAUCUGAAUCAAGUUUAGUAAUAGAUCAUCAUUUAGAGACUCCACAUAUGACAGCCAAUUACAGCUAUAGAUGUAAUUUUUGUACUUUCCAAGUACGCAGUCCUAAUGAAAUAUUACAACACAUAGAUACACAUAAUAUUAGAGGGCGCUUAGAAAGAAUUCCAGCUUUACAUCAAUGCCCAAGUUGUCCAUUUGAAGAUAAAUGUAUGGGUAAAUUAACAAGACAUUUGAUUUCUUGUUCAAAAAAAUAUCAACCGGAAAUCAAUCAGGCAACUGCAUUAGAUUGGGAACCUCAUAGGGUAUUGCAAAAUAAACCUUCAAUGAGACCGGGUAAUACUGUUUACCAAGCAACAACUAUGUCUGGAUUCAAACAACUUCCCAAUCCUAAUAAUAUGUUGCAAUUACAACAGCAACAAUAUAAUAAAAUGGUUCUUACUUCUGGUGUUAGAGCUCGUGACUGUACUCUUUUACCAGGACAGUGGUUUCCAGGAAUGGUGCCAUCUUUUCCAACUUUACUGCCAAAUCAAACUUUUGGAGGAAUAUUACUUAAGAAUACUAGUUUUAAACUAAUCAAUCAACCAAUUAUUAUCCCUACACCUUAUUCAAUGAACAAUCACAGGUAUCAGCAAAAUUCAAAUAGUAGUAAGUCUGUUAAACAGUCAAGUAUAUAUAUAACACCUCUGCCUCAAUCAAUUACAUUGAAUAGCUCAAAGUCAGAUUUUGUGUCUACCAUAUCUAAAUCCAAACCUCAACAAACUCAGUCGUCAUCCACUUCAACUAAUAGUAGCAAAAAACAAACUUUUGUAAUUUGUGAAAUAUGUGAUGGUUCCAUUAAAGACCUAGAACAACUACGUAUUCACAUGCAGUGGAUACAUAAAGUAAAAAUUCAUUCAAAGAUGAUUGAUAAACGACCACCAUUUAACUGUCAAAAGUGUCCUUUAAAAUUUUUUUUCACUGAUCAAGGUCUUGAAAGACAUUUACUAGGAGCACAUGGUUUGGUCACAUCUAGUAUGCAAGAAGCUGCUAACAAGGGCAAAGAUGGUGGAAGAUGUCCAAUAUGUCCUGAAGUUUAUCAAUGGAUGUUAUUAAACCAUGUAAGCCGUGAUCACUCUAUAUUAUUAAAGCCAGUGCAAUUAUCUUACAAAUGUACUGUUUGCUCUGUAACAUUUGGCAUGUAUAAACAGUAUGAAAACCAUGUACAUUCAACACACAGUAAUGUAACUAAAAACUCAAACAUGAAACCUCUUGGUAAUCAACCUGUAGCUUCUUCGUCUACUUCAUCAACUUCUAUAACAUCUUCACCAAAGAUAAAUCAUUAA